AGUAGUAUAAACCAACCAGAAAAUGAAUCUUUAUAUGAUGUAAUAUUAGGGAAAACGAUGAAUGAUGAUGCCAACGAGCAUUAUCAUACUAUACAAUAUAAUAUUAAACCCAAGAGUUUGGAUACAAAAAAAGCAGUAAUUAAAAUGAACCAGGGGACACUACAGGUUCAACAUAAUCAUAUCAAUGUAAAUAAUAAUGAAAAGUUUGAUUAUUCUGGUUCAUAUAAACCUUGCAAAGAAAUUGAAUGUUUUUUAAUAUUUGAAAAUGGUUCAUUUAGACUUGAAAGGCAAGUUAGUUCAACAUUAAUAAAAAGAGAAUUCAAUAAUAAUAAUAAU